UGCCGUUCCGACAGUAUCACACCGUCGGAAAACGAAGCUGGUACGAAGACUGACGGGGAGUCCCUUCCUUGUCGAAACAUUGACGACUGGUCCAGCAGGCAGAAAAUCGAGGAUCUUUGUGCCUUCCUGGAAUAGACAUCAUGGAAUGAGGGUGUGUUGGAUGACGAGUUUGACAGGCGCCUUGUCUUCAAUAAAGCAUCGUCAGGCUUGCCACGAAUUGUUCCCGACAAAUUGAGGCUUUUGUCUCUUACCGAGUUACUACAAUCACAUCACGAAGUGGACAUAACCAUCUCUCUCAAGGCAGUCACGGUUCGAGAUAGCAGCCCAUAUCUCGGCGGCCCUACUCAACACGUACCUCUCGCCUUGGAUGCCUUCUUCAUGGACAAAGAGCAGCUUCUACUUCCUUGUUGACGGUGAGACACUCCUGAGCUGCCAUCCAUUUUUGUCAAAUAAAUUUGAGCUCGACAAGGAAGAGAACUCGCCCUCUGAAGAAUCUGUGUUCACCAACAACAUUUCAGAACAGGCGGUCCGCAACUAUAUGUUUACUGUCGGCGUAAUAUUUUUGGAAUUCAUCUUAGGACAUGACAUCAGCCAUUGCCGCUUCCGCAAAGACUAUCUUCAGGAUAACAGGCCCAAUGAGCUCACAGAUAAGUUUACCGCUGAACGGUGAGCGAAGAAAGUUCUAGGUGAGAGUGGACCGAACAUCGCGGAUGUUGUGAGGCGUUGCCUGGACUGUUCUUUUGGUCCAAGGCCGAUAUUUUCAGACGUUCGCUUUAGGGAGUCGAUCUACGAAGGGCUCAUCAAACCUCUGGCAUCAUACGCGAAAAUAUGGCCUGAAGUGAUGGUUUGACACCGUCAAAAGUCAAGAUCUUGUACAUGUACUCAAUAAAGUUCAUUUACUUCAAGCAUGCAAUGACGGCGGC